UAAAAACACUUUGCCAUGUGAGAGAAGCUCAAAGACAAGGCAAAUAGGCCUAGGCAAAGGUUUUGCAAUUCAGCCUACCUCAACACCUACCUCAAGCAUACCAUGGCUGCGCCUCAAAGGGGGGAUCUUUCAGCGUCCGAGAGGGCGAUAUUAGAACUCAUCUCUGCUGGUGACGUCUCGGAGGCUGAAAAGCUACUAGCCAACCAAGAUAUGCGAGUCAACUGCUUGGAUGAGUUUGGCAUGACCCCGUUAAUGCAUGCUGCGUACAAGGGGAAGGCCCAUAUGUGUCAGUUGCUGCUUCGACACGGGGCCGACGUCAACUGCAACCAGCAUGAAUACGGCUACACCGCCCUCAUGUUCGCCGGUCUGUCUGGAAAAAGUGACAUCACCACUAUGAUGCUGGACGCGGGCGCGGAGGUUGACGUGGUUAACUCUGUGGGCCGGACAGCUGCUCAGAUGGCCGCCUUCGUCGGCCAGCACGACUGUGUGAGUGUGAUCAAUAACUUCUUUCCCCGGGCGAGGCUGGACUAUUUCACCACAGCGCAGGGCCAGGACAAGGAACCCAAGCUGCCCCCCAAGCUGGCGGGACCCCUCCACAAGAUCGUCAUGACAACCAACCUCAACCCUGUGAAGAUGGUGCUGCUGGUCCAGGAGAGCCCCCUACUGUUGGCGGCGGAGGCUCUGGAGCAGUGCUACGGCGUGAUGGACCUGCUGUGUGAGCAGUGCCUGCGGCAGCAGGACAUGAACGAGGUGCUGGCAAUGAAGAUGCACUACAUCAGCUGCGUGCUGCAGCGCUGCCUGACGCACCUCCGCGGUCGCGACGACCACCUGGACGCGCUGGUCAUGAGUCUGCUGGAGGGCAGAGACAGCGACGGCUUCCUGCAGAACCAGGAGAAGUUUAUCCGCGAAUGCAUCACGAAGUUCCCCCACUGUGAGGCCGCUCUCCUCCAGCAGCUGGUGAAGAGCAUCGCUCCGGUAGAGAUCGGAGAUGACCCAACAGCCUUCUCUGUGCUGACCCAAGCUCUGAUGGGGCAGAUGGCCCUGGUGGACGCAGACUUCUGCUUCACGUGUGGAGAGAGGGGAGCAAAGAAGAGAUGUUCCUAUUGCAAAUCAGUGACCUACUGCAGCGUGGCGUGCCAGAGGCUCCACUGGUUCUCCCAUAAGAAGAUGUGCUCGGCCUUACAGGCGCCGGAAGCCAACCACGACACUCCCAGGAUCAGAGAACUCAAAGACGACGAGAGCGACCUGGUCCGAGAGACGGCUAACUUCCUGCAGGCGCUGUGCGUGCGGGCGGAGGAGCAGGUGGCCGCCGCGGGGGGCUGCACCGCGGAGCUCCUGGGCUGCCCCUCGACCUCGGCCCAGGGACCCGUGUGUGAGAGGGAGGACCAGCAGCCGUAGACCACCCCCACCACCCGGGCGGCGGGCUGGCUGCGGUCUCAUCCCAUCGGUCGCCGGAUGCAGGAUAGCGAGGAGGGUCGAAAGAACAACUGCAGGGUGGAAAGAACAACUGAUUUCGUUGGUUUCUCUGAUCAUGGUUUCUCUCCUUUCUUUGUGAUCUCGGUGCAGAGGUCCCGAACGUCGUUGGUUCAGAUUGUCACUCUACGGAUCAUUUGUUGUGGGAAAUGAAUCCGAAAUGUAACAUAUAAUCAUACAUAUUCAAAUGUAAGAAUUGUUUGUAGUUUUAAGUGCUUUUGUAUUAAAGCAGAUAAUAAUUGG